AUGUUCUCCUGCAUCAACUACGAGCGAGGCUGCCGAGGCCGCUGCAACGCCCAAGGCGGCCGUUGCGACAACUGCGUGCUCCUAAACCUUCGCACCGCCCGAACCACGAGCUCCAGCUCCGUAAACUCACGGCCUCAACCCACCUACUCCGCCCUGACCAGCUCGUUCGCCUCUCUUUCACAGAUCCAGCCAACAUCAAACGACGGUCGGUGA